AUGACUGCUUUUAAUUUCUUCUUCAUCGUGAUUAACCUGCUAGCUCUCGUCUCUUUAUCAUGCGUGCUAGGUGGCUUACCUGUGAUACUGAGAGACACGAGACCAGUCGUUGAGUCUCAAAAGAACCUGGUGGAUGUAAAGUCUUCAUCAGGCGCGCAAAAUGUUAUUCGACCUGGAGACGAAGUGGAACUAGUCCGUCCCCCAAAACAUCUACCAGCUCAAAACUCUUAUUCUGGCCAGCGAAGCGUUUAUCAGCCAGUGGGCAUACUGAAACCGACCGAGUCUCCAAGAAACCCGCCAGCCCCCAGCUCUUUCUCAGCUGGGCCACCGGGGUUUCCUACGCGCAAAGUGAAGCCAGUAGAGUCUGGAAAGGUCCCGCCAGCUUACACACCUUUGUCAGACGCGCCAAAGAGUGCUCCGGUGAGCCAAGCAAAGCUGGUCAGGUAUAAGAAAAACGGUGGAACCAUGCUUCUUUGCAUCAAUGUAUUGCUGGCUUCAUCCCAACGGAAACAGGCCCUCGGAAUGCUUGAUCCAGUUGCGGUGGCUUGCUGGGAAUGA